UGAAGAAGAAACCAGAGUGAGUAUUUGUUCUCUGUGCUUGUGAAUGGCAGUCCUGAACCAUUACAAUCGUUCUUCUUGACUGAAAAAGUGGAAGUGGAAUUUAGCUGUAAAAAAAAAAAUCUCUACAGUUAGGUCACCAUGUGGCAUGGUUGGAUGCCUCUCAUCUUGGCCUGGGUAUCUAUGGCAACCCCAACAUUCUGCCAAAGUGGAGAUGAUGAUUGGGGUUCAGGCUUUGACAUUUACUCUCCCAUAAUGGUGACCAAUGACACGACCCAAGCCGUUGGUGAUGAGCCUGUGAGGAUGGGAAACAAUCAAGACUGGAUUACAGCCACAUCAUUCUCACCAUCACCCUCCCCUUCAUUGCUCUAUGACCCCCAACCAGACAAGUGUUCUGUACAUUUCAGCACUAACACAGCAUCGGCUCGAAGACUUAAGGCCCAGAAGGAGGAGCUGGCCUAUCUGCAGGCCAUCCAGCGUGGGAACACGGCUGUGAUGGAGAAUUUAGCACAGUUUGUGGGAGCGGAGAUAGGAGAUCUGAGCUAUGAAGAUGUGAUUAAAGAAAACAUCAUCGGCAUCCAAGAGGAGCACAAGAGCUGCCAUGAGGUGGUUGAGAAAGCUGAAGAAGAUCUGAAAAAGCAGCUGGAGGGAGAUGCACUGGAUGCCCUUGCUGGGAUGCAGAAAAUCAGAGAAGAGUCCUUGGCCUUUGAAGACAUGCUUCUUGUUGCAGCAGACAUCGCCAGCAGGCUGGAGAGCUCUUCACGGGCCUUGCAUGCUUCAUUCACCAAGCAGCUGAAAGACAUUGUUAACACUCGUCACUAAGAAGUGUUGAAAUGUGUUGGGACACUGCUCACUUAUCAUCCUCUAAAUGAUGGUUGAUGUUUAUUCUGGGGCUCCAAAAUAAUCAAUGAUUCAGGGAAAAUAGGAGUUACGACAGUUAUUUAGAAAUCUGUGUCAAGUUCCUCCAUCAAAUAAAUUGUUGUAAUCAUCAUGAUGUUUUAAGAAAUCUGACUUUACAUUACUUGAAUGAUGAACAUAGCAAAACAGAACUGUUGGGUUACAAAAGCAUUCCAGUUCCUCAUAAAGUUAUAACUCCAUAAAGCUUAGAAUAUUGUUUUCCAUCCAGGCAUUAUGCUUGGAAAGUGGUGAGGUCAAACAUUGCAUCAGUAUGUGGUACAGGGUUGAGCCAAGUUGAGUGUUUAUGUAUCAUACGAGAUUGGCCUUUAGAGGCCAAACAUAAUGACUCUGUUAGUCUUCUCCAGAGGAAGCAAUGGAUCAGCCAUCUGGUUCCAGGGUAAGGAUGGAGCACAGUUUAUGCAGAGGAUGGAGAGAGCUUUUGUUUUUGUGGUGAACGAAGGGGCAAUCACAGUCAUUAGCAGCCACUGGGCUUGGGAUAUGGGGAGUGUCUAU